AGAGGCGUGUUUGUUCAAAGUCGGUUCUCUCCUAUCAGCAGGGACACUGAUCUCUAGCAGAGAUUCACCAUGGCCUCCGCACUGACUGGCACGCCUUUCAUUUCUUGUUUACUGUUUUUAUCAUUACUAUUUUCUGCUGUUUUUUGCGAUGCCGAUGCAGAAGAUGAUGAACAUGCCAGGCACACAUAUACUGUAGAAAUGUUCAACGAGGCGGUCCCCACUGCACCCCACUUUGUCAUGUUUUACGCACCAUGGUGUGGCCACUGCCAGAGACUGCAGCCUGCAUGGAACGAACUGGCCGACAAAUACAACGGCAUGGAUGAUCCACCUGUAUACGUGGUGAAAGUAGACUGCGUCCAGAACACCAAGUUCUGUUCCAGCGAGCACGGCGUUAGGGGAUAUCCCACACUGAAGCUGUUUAAGCCCGAUCAGGAACCAGUGAAGUACCAGGGAUCCAGAGAUCUGCAGUCUUUGGAGACGUGGAUGCUGAAGACUCUUCAAGAGGAACCUUCAGAACCAGAGAGCGAACAAGAACCUCCUAAAGCUCCUGAGCCCAAACAGGGCAUGUAUGAGCUCACCGCUUCAAACUUUAAGGAACACAUAUCCAAAGGUUCCCAUUUCAUUAAGUUCUUUGCACCCUGGUGCGGCCACUGUAAAGCCAUGGCUCCGACCUGGGAGCAGCUGGCCUCCACCUUUGAGCACACUGAAGACGUCAAGAUAGGAAAGGUGGACUGCACACAGCACUACGAGGUGUGCUCUGAGAACGGUGUCAGAGGAUACCCAACACUACUGUUCUUCCACAAUGGACAAAAGACGGAACAAUACAAAGGGAAGAGAGACUUGGACUCUUUCAAAGACUUUGUGGACAACCAGCUGAAAGCUGCACUCACUCCAGAGCAAAAAGAGGAACCAGCCGAUGAGCAAAAAGCUAAUGAGAUUCUCACUGAGGAGCCUGCAGAGGAGGUGAAGUCCGAUGUGUUGGUGCUGACUGAGAGCAACUUUGAAGAGACUGUGGCAAUGGGCUUCACCUUUGUCAAAUUCUACGCUCCAUGGUGUGGCCACUGCAAGCAUCUCGCUCCGACUUGGGAUGAUCUCUCCAAGAAGGAUUUUCCUGGCCUCACCGACGUGAAGAUUGCCAAAGUGGACUGCACCGUGGAGCGCACGCUGUGCAACAAGUAUUCUGUCCGAGGGUACCCCACGUUGAUCAUCUUCAAAGCCGGGGAGCAGGGUGACGAGCAUCACGGAGGCCGGGACCUGGAGAGUCUGCACAGCUUCGUGAUGAGGCAGGCGAGAGACGAGCUGUAGGAACAGACGCGGCUCCUUUACCUGGACUCUCCUCCCGUGUGGUGACCAGGAGGACAUCACCCCCGCUCUACAGUUUUAUUUCCUUCAAGAAGGAGUUAAACCAGCACCAGAGGGAUUUUAACAUCUGGGUCUCUCUUUGUAGACAGAAAAAUUAGAAUGUAUUUUCUAUAAAUCUCCCAAGUUUAAAAUCUUGUAAGGAUGCUGGUUGGGGCUGUAGAUGAAGUGUGAUUCCCUCUAAAACUACAGCUCUACCAACAUGUUCAUUAAAAACAUGUUUGUUUGUUUGUUUUUCAGUAUGUUUCACUUGUAAGCCAUUAUUGUUGCAGCACUUGAGUCAAAAUAUUGAUAUCCCACAGAUGAGGUUGAGGGUUAUUUAUCUACUGAUGGCCUAUCUGACUUAACUCCUCAGGGAAACAACCAACAGGACCAGAACAUGUAAUUAUCUGACCCAUGAAUGAAGACCAGAUUCUUUUCAUGAAGCGAUCAGUCACCUUCAUCUAUCAGCCUUUUAUUUUUAUACACAUUUGGUAUCUUAAGUCAUGCACCAGUUAUUUUUGUUAGGCUUAGGUGGAUAAAGGAUAUAAAGUUAAGAGGAUAAGAAAAGCCUGCUUAGGGUAAUUCUUGUCUUUAUAACUUGAUUGUUUUGUAUUUUUUAGGUCUAAUCCAUAGAUUAUUUUCCUGCUAGCAGUUUGAAAUAAAAAAAA